AUGGCUGAAGACCAGCAACCGCCUGCUGUGUCGAGCCAGGCGAAUGGUUCCGUGGGCGACAAUCAAUCAACAAACCCGUACGAAACCAAUCCUGAGCUCGUUCCUCCUGACGACUUCUUCCUCGCGCGAAGCGUGCAUUACGGUCGCUAUGCAUCUUCGGAUACUGAUUUCAAGCCUCGCCAUGAAUACUGGUGCCAAUCGGACCCGGAAGUCAAGACCUACUGGGAGGGCGUCGUCAAGGAGUUUUGCACGCCACAAAAUUCAUUGAAUGUCCCAGGCACGCGAGAGGUUUUCGCUGCUGGCAGCGUCAUCAUCAGAGUCGACCGCGAACCUGAAGCCGCCGCCGCCGCAGAGAUGUACUCGUGCCUCAAUGCGAAUGAGCUCAGCGCAGCAAGAAAAGCCGAGGAUACUCUUCGAGAAGUGAACGUUGCUGUUCCGGUGAUAUACUUUUGUGGCACCAUUGAAAACAAGAAUGUUACCGUGGAGUCGAGACUUCCUGGUGUCUCCUUGGAGGUGGCCUGGAAGUAUCUGACUGCUGACCAAAUUGAAAGCUUCAAGCAACAGUGCCGCCGCAUAUCCCAGCGCCUAGGAGAUAUCGACGCGCCUCCUGAACGACCCUCAUAUGUUUGCAGCGGCCUCAAUUCACAGCUUCCGCCCGACGUUCAGCAGACCGAGAAGGAUAUUCUUUUCCGCGAUAAGAGGAAAGGCGAAAGACUUGUCCUAGUUCACAACGGAUUGAUUCCGGCGAAUGUAAUUGUGAACGAUAAUCAGGUCGUUGGGAUAACUGGAUGGCGACAAAGCGGGUAUUUUGGAUUUGAGCGGGCGGACGAGAUACAUCGAGGUUUCCGGGUACCCGAGAUCGCGUCUGCAGACGAAAGCGAGGGUGCAGCAAACGUGCCCGCAGCAUGGUCCGAUAUCUACGAAGGUCUGCCCAGCAUUGCUGGGGAGUCUGCCGUUGCGACGAAGCACAAUACACCUAUACCACAAGUGAAGACCGAACCAUCGAAUUUGGAGUUGAAUGGAGUUCCUUUUGAUCACGAGCCAGAACACAAAUCAGGGCUCCCCCAGCUCGAUGGUCCCGGACUACCUGAAGAACAUCCUACGCCAAAGAAAAUUGCUAGCCUUAAGAACCGAGGAGCCUCGCGGGCGUCGUCUUCCGAUCGAUCUUCUCCGGCAGUGUCCACAAAGCGUAGUGCAGCGACUAAGAAGGCAGGCAUCGGGUCGACUAAGAAGGGAACAGCCAGAAAACCCGCGGCCAAGAAGAGGAAAUUAAUUGAUCUGGACAAUGAGAGUGUCACCAGCCGACGAUCGAACACCCCUUCCUCACGAACGAGCAAAGCUCCUGGCAAGAUCAAACGUGGUUCCGCUUCACUGGCGGGCUCACCGGCGCCCGAAGCCAGAAAGAGAAAUGCCAAAAGCACUGUCGUGGACGAUGUAGAGGAGAUGGAGGAGGCCGAGGAGGACGAAGAAGAUGACGACUCAGAAGACAACGACGAGGUAUUUUGUAUAUGUCGAAAACCAGACAAUCACACCUGGAUGAUUGCGUGCGACGGCGGUUGUGAAGAUUGGUUUCAUGGCAAAUGUGUCAAUAUCGACCCACGAGACGCUGACCUGAUCGACAAGUAUAUAUGCCCGAACUGUAAGGAGCAGGGCAAAGGAUGGACGACCUGGAAACCGAUGUGUCGGUUGAAGGAGUGCAGAAAGCCUGCGCGUGUCAAUCAAGACAAGCCCAGCAAAUACUGCUCAGACGAGCAUGGUCGAGAAUUUAUGCUGCAAAGGACCAAACUCCUACUUGGAUCGUCAGCAAAUAGCCCGUUCCCGGACAGUGUGUCCUCUCAAGAAGGGAGUGGCGCUGACACAAGCAGCGGACCUGAUUUUCUCGAGACCAAGUUUCCGGAAGAUCUCGGAAGCAAAGGUGGUGUUCUUACCACUGGAGAUCUCAAGGCAGUAGUCAUGGGCGUCAGCUCAGCGGAAGAAUUCCGCAAACUGGGCGAGAGCAUCAUCUCGAUCCCUGCACCGGAGAAGAGUUCCUCCAAAGUGAACAAAGAAGAAAACAAGAAAUUGGGCCUCGACUAUGAUGUCGAUUGGCUCACUUAUGCACCCGACGAGGCCUCUAUGAUCGCGAAGCUGCGCAAACAGCGCGAUGACCUCCUUCAUCGACGAGAAAUGCUGAAGGCUCGGAGCACCUUUGUGACGUUGGUGCGGCAGCGGGCCAAAAGCAUAUUGGAGAAACUCAAGCACAAGGAGCCAAAGGGCGGAUGGAAGGAUAUCUGCGGCUUUGACUACCGACUGGCUUGGUCAGACGAGGAGUUCGAUGAGUGGCGGCUGUCAGACCCUGGAGCAAAAGCACUUCAGGAUGGCACGCCCGAGUCAAUGGCGUUGAGCUACCCGGAGUCCAUCGAUGCGGAUGGCGACACAGCCAUGGGCGAUGCGGAAACCUCCGGUGAUGAUCUCGAAACUCUGUCACGCGGCGUCUGCAUCAAGAAACGCUGCGAGAGGCAUAAGCAGUGGGUCAAAGUGCAACAGCAAGAUGGUCUUUUUGAAGAGAGUACCCUGGCUCAGGAUCUCAGCAAAUGCGAAAAGGAGGCCCAAAACGUGGUGGAAAGAGCCGUGCUGAGGCUAUGGGCGGAGGAAGACAACGCUCAGAUCAGCAACAACUGA